AUCUCAAAUUAUCCGUAAGUUAGUAGACCAUCGAAGGGACACUCUUCCUCCGGCGCAGGGAUCGUCCUUCCGGUCCCAUCGAUCACUGGGGGAUGGAAUGAUCUGUAUCGCGAUAUCUCUUGUCGCAGAUCGGACCAUCGGAGGAUGGAGAGAUUCAAAUGGAUCCCGCAGUCCCUUCAUGGAGGCGACCAAGACCGAGAAGAGGACCUGUUGGGCGAGUUCGAGGGCUCCGACUCGUGGUCUCCUCUCCAGAGAUUGUAUGGCUUCGCGGCGUCUCUGGUCAUCGGCUUCGCUUUUAUGCUCUUGUCUCUUAUUGUUUUCUACAGACCCAUCAAAUUUGGCAUUAUGUUCACCUUUGGAAAUAUACUGGCAGUAGGAAGCACAGCCUUCCUAAUCGGGCCCGUACAACAAGCGAGAUUGAUGCUUGAUCCAGUCCGCAUUUAUGCAACAGCUAUAUAUGUCGGCAGUGCCAUUGUUGCUCUAGUUUGUGCUCUUUGGAUUCAUAGCAAAAUGUUGACAUUAAUUGCAAUUAUAAUUGAGAUCUGUGCUCUUGUUUGGUAUAGCCUGAGUUAUGUUCCUUUUGCUCGUCGAAUGGUUUCGGAACUAUUUAUAAGUUGUUGUGACAGAGAGUUUUGAAUGUGUUUGCCGAGUUAUUAUUUGCUAAAUGUUAUCCCCUAGAGGUGAUGAUAUUGAUUCCUCAGAUGAUAUAACGCUCAUCAGAUGACCUUUCAGUUUGUUAUCAAAUCAAUGCCAUUGUUUGUGUUGUUUGUAUCAAGUGAAAUGUGAGGCAUCGAUGUUGUGCAAGUGUCCAUAAGAGUGUUCUUCUAUUUUGAUUGUGGUACUAGGAACAUUGAUGACUGAGAUACCUCAACAAUUAUGUUAUUUCCUGAUGUAGUCAUUGAUUUAAUACAAACUUAGCAUCAACUCUACCUUGUUAUCUA